UGUGAUUGCAACGCCCGCUGCAGCCGCCUCGCGUUCCCGUCCUGCACUGGCUGGGCAGCCGCAGCUUCCACCCCCGCGUACUCUGCUCGGCCGAGGGCAGCUCCCUGCCGCUCCCCCGGAGUCCGGACUCUCCCGCCCCGCGCGCUGCGAAGCCCGAAGAUGGCGGCUUAUAAACUCCUCUGCAGGCUGAGCCCCGGCAUCUCCCCUCCCGCCGCUCCGGGGGCCCGCAGGGGGAGCGCCCCGGCGCUGCUGGCAGCCCAAGCCAAGAUUUGUGGCUGCUAUUUCUCUACCAGCAGUCAUCGCAACACCAAAUUCUAUACUGAUGCUGUGGAAGCAGUAAAAGACAUACCUGAUGGGGCAACUGUACUUGUUGGUGGUUUUGGAUUGUGUGGAAUUCCAGAGAACCUCAUAGGAGGCUUACUGAAGACUGGAGUAAAAGGGAUAACUGCAGUCAGUAACAAUGCAGGUGUUGACAAUUUUGGACUUGGUCUUUUGCUUCAAACUAAGCAGAUAAAACGGAUGGUAUCAUCCUAUGUUGGAGAAAAUGCAGAAUUUGAACGACAGUACUUAUCUGGAGAAUUGGAAGUUGAGCUUACACCUCAGGGUACGCUUGCUGAGCGAGUCCGUGCAGGAGGGGCAGGCAUUCCAGCAUUUUUCACAAGCACGGGCUAUGGAACGUUGGUACAAGAAGGAGGAGCGCCUAUCAAAUACAACAAAGAUGGCAGCAUUGCCAUUGCCAGUCAGCCAAGAGAGGUGAGGGAGUUUGAUGGCCGUCACUAUAUUAUGGAGAAGUCAAUUACAGGUGAUUUUGCACUUGUGAAGGCAUGGAAGGCUGAUCGUGCAGGAAACGUUAUCUUCAGGAAAACUGCAAGAAACUUCAAUCAACCUAUGUGCAAAGCUGCCAAAACAACUGUGGUGGAGGUGGAAGAAAUUGUUGAUAUAGGAUCAUUUGCCCCGGAAGAUAUUCACAUUCCAAAGAUCUAUGUCCAUCGUCUCAUAAAGGGAGAGAAAUAUGAAAAGAGAAUUGAACGAUUAUCCAUCCGAAAGCCUGAAGACUCAAAAGCCAAACAAAAGAAGGAAGGAGAUAAUGUGAGAGAGAGGAUCAUCAGACGAGCAGCUUUAGAGUUUGAAGACGGCAUGUAUGCUAAUCUGGGCAUAGGAAUUCCACUGUUGGCCAGCAACUUCAUCAGUCCAGACAUUUCAGUUCACCUGCAGAGUGAAAAUGGAGUCCUGGGCUUGGGUCCUUAUCCACUUGAAAACGAGGUAGAUCCAGACCUGAUUAAUGCAGGUAAAGAGACAGUCACCGUUCUUCCAGGUUCCUCCUAUUUCUCUAGUGAUGAAUCAUUUGCAAUGAUUAGAGGAGGUCAUGUCGAUUUGACAAUGCUUGGAGCAAUGCAGGUGUCUAAAUAUGGUGAUCUGGCCAACUGGAUGAUACCUGGUAAGAUGGUGAAAGGAAUGGGUGGUGCUAUGGACUUGGUGUCUAGUGCACAAACCAAAGUGGUCGUCACCAUGGAGCACUCUGCCAAGGGCAACGUCCACAAAAUUAUGGAAAAAUGUAAUUUGCCACUUACUGGGAAACAAUGUGUAAAUCGUAUCAUUACGGAGAAGGCUGUGUUUGAUGUGGACAAGAAAAAAGGACUGACCUUGAUUGAAAUCUGGGAAGGACUGUCAGUGGAUGAAAUCAAGAAAAGCACUGGCUGUGACUUUACAGUUUCACCAAAUCUCAUACCGAUGAGGCAGAUUUCAACCUGAAAAGCAGGCUGGUCUGGACUUGCCAGAGUUCUUGUUUCCAAACAGGAGCUCAGUGAAGGGAAAUCAGUGUCUGUUUUGCAAUUAUACUUUUUUUAAAGGGCUUUUAAAGUAGUUUCCUAGUAGUUAGACUCAGGCUGUGAUAGCUGUGUAUAGCUGUUUCUCACAUGACAUUACAGUCCAGUUUUAAUACCUACUUUUUUGAUAACAUCAUACUACAACCAUGACUGUUAAUAAGCAUUGGCCCAAGGAAAUGCCUUGUAGAAGUAGUCUUAUUGCUGAGGACUACAUUUUUUAAAAAGUACAGACCUAUUGUGCAAACAGACAAUGUGCAUGCCAACUUCCAACUGCCUGUGCAUUUGCUGAAGUUUUAUCAACAAGUUAACCACUGGAAGUGGAAAUACUGCAAAUGUCAUGGUAAUUCUAAUGCAUGGUGAGGCACUUGUUGAUUUUCUUCUGGGGGGUGAUUGCUGAGCUUGUAGCAAACAUGUAGACCCGCAGAUGUACAUCUGACACAUUGGCUGCCACUUCUCUUUUGUGAAAACUUGGGUCCUCAACCUGUUACCAAUAAGUCAAUGGCAAAACUCUCAUUGAAAUCAAUGGGAGCAAUUGGGCCCUUAACCUUGAAUGUAUGAUCAUUUCCCAUGGUGCUAUGUACUGGUGUUAACGAGGAGAGGGGACACCUUCUAGAGUAUGACUCUGGUCCCUUCUAUUUGAAUGAUGAAACCCAUAAAUGUGUAACUCAGAAAGGGGCUACUUUGGGAGGGAAACACAAAGGGUCUCUUCCCUCAAACAGGCAAGUUGAUGGCCUUGCAAAGGGAUAUGGGCCUUGGUCACAGAGAGGAAAGGUGCGUGGACAGGGAUAAUGCUGGGCUGUGGGGAGAAGGGUUUAGUAACUGUGGAAGAGUCAGGGAAAGGAGCUCCUUUUCUGAACUGACAUUUUAUCAACUGUUCAAAUUCGGAUUGAGGAAAGUUGUAAAGUGAUAGGCUCCCUGUUUAUCAGCUCUUUCCCCAGCUCUUGCUGAUCCAGCGAGCCAGUAGUGUUUCAGGACCCGCAUGCAUAGAAGCCACAGUCAAGAUGAAAUGCAGUUUCCUUUCCCUGGGUUUCCUACCCUCCCCACUUGAUAAGGCUUUUCCCUUUCCCACUCAGUUACAAAGAGAACGAUUGUUUUUCUAUAUAGUAUAACUCUGACAACACAGGUCCUUCCUUCGCAGGCCAGUACAGUGUAACUCCAUUACAUGGGACCCCAAUUCACAAAAGUCCACGUUAACCAAAGUCUAGUACUAGCUCCAGAUGCAGUGGCUUCCUUCCCAAUUCUUCUAAAUAUUUUGGAAGUUCCCAAAAUGCUUUGGUUAAAUGAGGUCCUGUCAUACACGUGACUUCGGCAGUAAGAGUCAGCUGUAUGCCAGGAAGCCAUGCAAAAGAAAACGAUACAUAAUAUAAGCAACCCAGGCAGAGGGAGAAAGGAAAAACUGAACUUGAGACAGAUGAGGGAGUCUCCCACUUCAUAAAGUGCUAUUUGCUUCAUGUUGUGGGAAGAGUAGGGGGAUGUUCUGAACACAGCACUGGGGGCCAGAAAUAGUCCUCCAAUGUCCUAGCUCCUCAGUAUCCUUGGGCUUCUCUCCUUCAUUUCCCUCACUUUAAUGGGGAAUAAUACUCCUUCACGGGGUUCUUGUAAAAGUAGGCCUGAUCUCCACACAUAUUUGUACUGAUAUAACUAAUUUGAUUAAGGGUGUGAAUGUGUAUUGCUAUACUGGUACAGCCCCUACUGUGGAUCCAGUUAUACCUGUAUAAAUGUGCAUUAUACCAGAACAGCAUCUCCUCCUUUCCCUAAAGUAAUAAGCUAUACUAGCAUAAGCACCUGUACACCAGUAUAACCGUGUGCACACUGGGGUGUUGUACUCCUUUAACUAUACCGGUAUAUAACUUGGGGGUGUAGCCAAGGCCUACAAGUGAAUAUCUGAAGAAGAAAGCUGUUGCAUAAGUGGUAGUGUUAAGGUCGGGUUUAAUACAAAGAGAGUUUUGUCUGAUAUUUAAUUUGUUUGAAAGAUUUGAAGUGACACUGGCAAAAGCACUCCAGAAUAGCUGCAAGCAAAAAUCCUGCACUGGCCCUCGUUUCCAACCAGCUCUAAGAUCAGGAGGUUUCCUAUAUUCUAAGCUCUGGGAAAAGAUGUCAAUUAACGGUUUGACCAUUUCCACCCAUUUGAAGUAAAACCAAAAAAAUCAGAUUGAAGAAGUUAUUCCCAGGGGUUUUGUAUAGCUAGAUUUCUAUGGGAUUACUCAGUAAUGGCUCUGCUAUAAUGGAAACUAAUGCACUGUGGGUUUGCAUAAAACAAUUUGGGGUUGAUGAUCGAACAGCUAAGUAACCUGAGCUAAUCCACAAAGACCCUUCACGGAUAGUGUUUGCUGUUGAGAGAGUAUAGUGUCCUGGUGAUGUAGAAAGUAAAAAGUGCAUAUCAUUAUCUCUGUUACUGAGGAUCAGUUAAGAGCCACAUUUGAUGGAAUGGAUGGGAUCAUAAAUGGGUUCCUGCUAGCAAUUACUCUUGGAUUUACUAAAGAACACUCAGUGUGUAUAUUGUUUUUCAAAGGGAAUAUUAUGUAAGGAGGGGAUUUGCCACUCCUUUAAUACUUUUAAUUUGUCUAUAAAGAAAACUGUAUGUUUAAAUAAAGGAGGGGAAAUCUUUAAGAAAAUCUAGAGAAUUGAAUGUUAUCUAAUGGGAUUAACCAUAUUAAAUUAAGCUCAAUAGCAAUUAAUUUGGUGGAGACUGUCUAAAGUUUUCCUCAGAGUAUAUUUACCACAACUGUGGUAUCUGAUAGGUGCGAGAGAGCAGCAGCAAAUAUAUAUUACUUCUCCCCCUAAAAUCCUUCAUUCAGACGCGCUUAUAGUCUCUGAUUAUCAUUAGACUUGAUGUUCGAAAGAGAGGAAUGGUCUAAUAGUAAUUAGAAGUUCAAUAUCUCAAAACCCUAAGCAAAGGACUGGGAGCCAAGAACUCUUGAGUUAUAAUCUUCGCUUUUCUGAUUGUUCACUUGUGGCCUUGGAAAAGACACACACAUGCUCUGCUUCAGUUUCCCUAACUGAAAAGAGAGAUUUACCUUGUGUGGAUUAAUUAGCUAAAGUCUGUACAGCAAGUAGGAAUAUUUUUCCUUUAGUGAAAAUUCAAAACUUGAUCAAGAGUAUAAAAGAGCAUUUGGGGACUGCCACGUGUGAUGAAUGUUUUGGACCUGAUUCUCCUCACACUUGUAUGAGUGUCACUCAGGAGAAUUCGAGGCAAUAGAGUUACACUAGUGAGCAGAGAUAGGAGUUGAAUCAGGACUUAUCAACAUACAACUAUCGUGUAAAUAUCGGACUACCAUGCUAUCUGUAUUUGCCUCAGUAACUUGAUACUAUGGGAGGGUAUUUAUAUUCUUAGACCAAUGUCAAGUGACCCCC